AUGAGGCCUGAUCGCGAUCGUGCUUUGCGCAAUCUCUACGUCCUGAAUCUCCCACUCGACGCUACCACCGACCACUUUGAGGCCCUCUUCAGCCGAUACGGUCACGUCGAGCAUGCGGUGAUCCUCGCCACUCUCGACCAUCUCGCGCGACGACGCGGCUUCAUCCUCAUGUCCAGCCCGGAUGAAGCGCGCGCCGCCAUCGAAAACCUCAACGGCCAUUCCUGGCAUCGCUACCGCAUCGAAGUCUCAUUCGCCAUCGUGCAAAGGAGUGGCACGCCCUUCCCUCACGAGGCUCAGGAUGCUGUAGAGCCACCUCGCCGACCGAAGCUGCCCCAACAGGUCAGUUCAGAACUCCAAGCGUGCGGCCCUUCAUUCGCAAGUGCAAGCUUCCGGCUCAACCGUGCUGAUUCGCAUUUCCUCAUCCAUACGCAGUCUCGUGAAAGCUCACAGCCAACAGACACGCCCGUCUCAGCCCCUCACUCCGAACAGCCCCUCCGAGAAGCGGGCCAAAGUUUCCAGCAGGGAGAGCACGAGGCUGUUCUCAAACUCUCCGGACUCGACACAGCCGUUUUCCCCUCUUCCGAUGCUGUGAGAGCUCUGACCGAGCCCUUCGGAAACGUGCAGUAUCUGCUUCACUCUGCACAGUGUCAUCCUUCGUCGAUCGCCAGCCAAGCUUUUGUUGUUUACUGCUGUCGCUCGAGCGCUUCCUUGGCCCGUCUGGCUCUCGACAAUUUCGCAAUUGGCAACGGUCGCAUCACCGCGUCUCUCGCCAGCCCUGCAGCCCUCGGCGACCUCCCUUUCCACACGGAUCCAUGUGCACCGCCCACGGACCGGAGUGCAAGCCAGUUCCACAAUCAUCCUCAUGGACCUUGGCAAGCCGAUAGCAGAGCAGUGGACCCUGGUCUCAACCAGCCGCAAAAUCGAAUGGAUGCUCCGUCCGAGGAGAAGGUAAGCGCCGUCUCCGCUAGGAUUCGCGAUUUUGUCCGUACAAUCGUCGUGGCGGCUCACUAA